GACCGGAUGUUUCAGUAGUCCGGCGAGGGGACGAAACGGUGAGGAAGGAUGGCACUACCGGCAGGGAGAUCCGUUGUGUUUGUCACUGGAAACGCAAAGAAAUUAGAAGAGGUUGUGCAGAUCUUGGGUGACAGAUUUCCCUACAAACUUGUUUCCAAGAAGAUCGAUUUGCCUGAAUACCAAGGUGAACCUGACGACAUCUCCAUACAAAAGUGUCAGGAGGCAGCAAAGCAGGUAGAGGGGCCGGUGAUUGUGGAGGACACCUGCCUGUGUUUCAGGGCAUUAGGAGGGCUUCCAGGACCAUACAUUAAAUGGUUUUUGGAUAAACUGAAGCCUGAAGGACUGUACAGGCUUCUGUCAGGCUUUGAGGACAAAUCUGCUUGGGCUCUGUGCACGUUUGCUUUCUGUGCUGGUGAGCGAGAGCCUGUGCAGCUCUUCAGAGGAAUCACGGAGGGACGCAUUGUAGAACCCAGGGGCCCAAGGGACUUUGGAUGGGACCCUUGUUUCCAGCCCGAUGGCUACGAUAAAACGUAUGCGGAGCUGCCUAAAGAUGUGAAGAACACAAUCUCCCACCGAUAUCGGGCCCUCGCUGCUUUGUCAGAGCACUUCUCUCAACUUCACUCUGCGGCAGAGGCAAAACGGACAAAACGCGGCGACUAAUCAAUUAGAAUGCAGUUUGUCCGACCUUCACUGCAGCUCUCAACCUCAGCGGCCGUCACAGGGUUUAACCCUCCGUUAACUUUUACAUUUAAAUAAAUGUGUAACGUGCUACAUUGCA